UUGAUGUAUACAAUGCAGUGGUUGCACCAAUUACCGCUGCUGCUGUCAGUGGAUUUAACGGAACUAUUUUUGCAUAUGGUCAGACAUCAUCUGGUAAAACUUACACAAUGACGGGCUCAAAAAAAGAAUGUGGUAUUGUUCAACUAGUCAUAAACGAUAUCUUCAAACUUAUAGCAACUCAUUCUAAUCGAGAAUUUUUAUUAAGAGCAUCUUUUAUAGAAAUUUAUAAUGAAAAGAUUCACGAUCUACUCGACUAUGACGAAAGUAAAAAGGAGAGCAACAAAGAAACAAUUAAGGUUCGGGAAGAGGACGGUGUAGUUAAAUUAAAUGUUAAAGAAGAAAUAUCAGAUACACCAGCUAGUUUAAUGGAUAUAAUGCGACGUGGUGAAAAAAAUCGGGUUAUUGGUGAAACAAAUAUGAAUGAAAGGAGUAGUAGAUCACACACAAUCUUCAGAAUUAUAAUUGAAUCUCGAAACUCAGAUACAAAUGAUCCAGAUGGUGCGGUUCAAGUAGCCCAUUUAAAUCUAGUGGAUUUAGCUGGAUCUGAACGAGUUAGCCAAACAGGUGCUAAAGGUGUACGUUUACGUGAAGGCGCACAUAUCAACAAAUCAUUGUUCACGCUAAGUCAUGUCAUCAACCAAUUAAGUGAAAAUAUUGACCAAACAAAAUUUAUAAGUUUUCGUGACAGUAAAUUAACCCGCAUUUUACAAUCUUCAUUGGGUGGAAAUGCAAAGACUGCUAUAAUCUGUGCAAUAACACCAGCAUCAUUAGAUGAAUCAAUUUCAACGUUAGCGUUUGCAUCACGGGCAAAAUCAAUAAAAAAUAAACCAAAAGUUAAUGAAAUUAUAUCGAAUGAUACACUACUUAAACGUUAUGCAAAACAAAUAUCAAUAUUACAGGAUCAAUUAGAGCGAGAACAAAAAGUCAAUUUAAAUUUGAAAGAAGAAACUUCGUUAGCGAAUCGUCGACUACGGGAGCGAAUAUCUUUAUUACAAAAGUUUAUGUUACGACCACAAACAACACCCGUGAAACAAAUAUUACCAGCAAUCGGAUCACUUGUACCUGAAAGUGUUGAAAAAACAAUACGCAGACAAACAUGGUGUGCACCAGCUAAAAGUUUAUUUUCAUUGCCACGACCACCGCAGGAAGUAUUUACUGAAGAUGUGAAUAUGCGUAUGUUACGAAGUAGACUAAACGACAUCUCUUUGAAUAGUUCCUCAAGUUUUAUUUCCGGUGAAAAUUUUGAAUUUGAUAAAGUAUUCAAUUUUAAUAAUAGUUUAUUACUAAAAGAAAACAAUCAAAACAACGAUAACGAAACUAUACCUAUGGAACCAUUCGAAUUAGAAUUAAUUGAGAGUGUAAAAAACAAAGUAAAUGAAACAUUAACAUCGAUUCCAUCAACAGGUGUGAUUGAAGUGGCUCAAAAGUCUGAAACAAAUGAAUCUGAAGUAGAAAAAUUAAAAACACAGUUAAAUUUCUAUCAGACGGAAUAUGAAACGCUAAAAGAAUUUGUAGAAGAUGAAAAUUUCAUACUUAAAGAGCGUAUUAAUGAAUUAGAAAAACAUAAAAACACAGAUUAUUUAAAACGUUUACAUAAUGAAUUUACAGAAGUUUUGCAAGUAUUUGAUGCGAAUGCAAAAUUAAUUACUGCAAUGCAACGACUGAAUCAUCAUUAUAAGACAACUUUACAAAAUAUAAAACUACCACGUAAUAAGUUAGGUACAAUUGAAGAGGAUGAAGAUUCUGAAGAAUAUUUAAGUAGAAUACAUGAAAUCAUAACCGAUACUAAACGUUUACAAACUACCAUUCGGGAGAUGAGUACUCAUAUAGAAUAUUUACAAGAACAUAAUCAUAUAAUGCAAAUUGAACAAGAGAAAGAAUUUUGGGAAGAAUUACAACGUAAAAAUAAAACUUUAAAACAACAAAUAGAUACAUUACAAGAAACAAAGAAUGAUUUUGAUAUAAAAUUGCGAAAUCUAGAGGAAACAUAUUUAGCAAAAAUAGAAGAUAUCACCAAUGAAUUCCAAAUUAAAAUUGAAGAAAUAAAACAAUUCAAUCUAGAACAAAAUCGAGAUAUUGCGGAUUAUCAACAGAAAAUAAAGAAUUUAUUAAACGAAUUGAAUGUUUCCACAAAUUCUUUAAACGAAGAAUUAAAACUUAAAAAUUUAAGAAUAUCACAAUUGGAAGAGGAAAUUGGAGAAAUCAAACAGUUCAAUUUAGAACAAAAUCGGGAUAUUGUAAAUUAUCAAGAAAAAAUUUAUGCCAUGAACAAAAAAAUGGAAGAAUCAGAGCUAAAAAAUAAAGACCUUGUAGAAAAAAUAGUUAUAAUAAAAGAUCUCGAAGAUAAUUUUAAUUCUACCAAAGAAGACUUAAAAUUGAAAGAUUUUAAAAUAUCAGAAUUAGAAAACCAAAUCGAAGAAAUGAAACAAAUUAAUUUGGAACAAAAUGAACGGAUAAACAAUUACCAAGAAGAAAUUCAGAUCGCAAUGAAAAAAUUGGAAGAAUUAGAAAUAAAGAAUAAUGAAGUUACGGAAAAAUCAGCUGCAAUAAAAGAACUUGAAGAUUCCGUAAUUUCUACCAAAGAAGAAUUAAAAUUGAAAGAUUUAAAAAUAUUAGAACUUGGAAAACAAAUUGAAGAAAUGAAACAAAUUAAUUUGGAACAAAAUGGCCAGAUGAAAAAUUACCAAGAAGAAAUUCAGAGCGCAAUGAAAAAGUUGGAAGAAUUAGAAAUAAAGAAUAAUGAAGAUACGGAAAAAUCAGCUGCAAUAAAAGAACUUGAAGAUUCUGUAAAUUCUACCAAGGAAGAAAUAAAACUUAAAGAUUUGAAAAUAUCGGAAUUAGAAAAGCAAAUUGAAGAAAUGAAACAAAUUAACUUGGAACAAAAUGAACGUAUGGACAAUUAUCAAGGAGAAAUGCGAAAUGUAAUGAAAAAAUUAGAAAUAAAAGAUAAUGAAGUUACGGAAAAAUCAGCUAUAAUAAGAGAACUUGAAGAAUCUUUAAAGUCUUCCAAAGAGGAAUUGAAAUUAAAAGAUUUCAAAAUGUCAGAAUUAGAAAAACAAAUUGAAGAAAUGAAACAAGUUAACUUGGAACAAAGUAACCGUAUGGACAAUUACAAAGAAGAAAUUCAGAGCGCAAUGAAAAAGUUGGAAGAAUUUGAACUGAAAAAUAACGAACUUUCGGAAAAAUCAGCUGUUAUUAAGGGGCUCGAAGAUUCUGUAAUUUCUACCAAAGACGAAUUAAAAUUGAAAGAAUUAAAAAUAUUAGAACUUGGAAAACAAAUUGAAGAAAUGAAACAAAUUAAUAUGGAACAAAAUGACCAGAUGAACAAUUACCAAGAAGAAAUUCAGAGCGCAAUCAAAAAAUUGGAAGAAUUAAAAAUAAAGAAUCAUGAAGUUACGGAAAAAUCAGCUGCAAUAAAAGAACUUCACGAUUCUGUAAAUUCUACCAAGGAAGAAAUAAAACUUAAAGAUUUGAAAAUAUCGGAAUUAGAAAAGCAGAUCGAAGAAACGAAACAAAUUAACUUGGAACAAAAUGAACGUAUGGACAAUUAUCAAGGAGAAAUGCGAAAUGUAAUGAAAAAAUUAGAAAUAAAAGAUAAUGAAGUUACGGAAAAAUCAGCUAUAAUAAGAGAGCUUGAAGAAUCUUUAAAGUCUUCCAAAGAGGAAUUGAAAUUAAAAGAUUUCAAAAUGUCAGAAUUAGAAAAACAAAUUGAAGAAAUGAAACAAGUUAACUUGGAACAAAGUAACCGUAUGGACAAUUACAAAGAAGAAAUUCAGAGCGCAAUGAAAAAGUUGGAAGAAUUUGAACUGAAAAAUAACGAACUUUCGGAAAAAUCAGCUGUUUUUAAGGGGCUCGAAGAUUCCGUAAUUUCUACCAAAGAAGAAUUAAAAUUGAAAGAAUUAAAAAUAUUAGAACUUGGAAAACAAAUUGAAGAAAUGAAACAAAUUAAUAUGGAACAAAAUGACCAGAUGAACAAUUACCAAGAAGAAAUUCAGAGAGCAAUGAAAAAAUUGGAAGAAUUAGAAAUAAAGAAUAAUGAAGUUACGGAAAAAUCAGCUGCAAUAAAAGAACUUGAAGAUUCCGUAAUUUCUACCAAAGAAGAAUUAAAAUUGAAAGAUUUAAAAAUAUUAGAACUUGGAAAACAAAUUGAAGAAAUGAAACAAAUUAAUAUGGAACAAAAUGAUCAGAUGAACAAUUACCAAGAAGAAAUGCAGAGAGCAAUGAAAAAAUUGGAAGAAUUAGAAAUAAAGAAUAAUGAAGUUACCGAAAAAUCAGCUGCAAUAAAAGAACUUGAAGAUUCCGUAAAUUCUACCAAAGAAGAAUUAAAAUUGAAAGAUUUAAAAAUAUUAGAACUUGGAAAACAAAUUGAAGAAAUGAAACAAAUUAAUUUGGAACAAAAUGGCCAGAUGAAAAAUUACCAAGAAGAAAUUCAGAGCGCAAUGAAAAAGUUGGAAGAAUUAGAAAUAAAGAAUAAUGAAGAUACGGAAAAAUCAGCUGCAAUAAAAGAACUUGAAGAUUCUGUAAAUUCUACCAAGGAAGAAAUAAAACUUAAAGAUUUGAAAAUAUCGGAAUUAGAAAAGCAAAUUGAAGAAAUGAAACAAAUUAACUUGGAACAAAAUGAACGUAUGAACAAUCAACAAGUAGAAAUGCAUAGCACAAUAAAGCAAUUGGAAGUAUUAGAACUAGAAAAAGAACUAAAAAUGAAGGAUUUAAAAAUUUUAGAAUUAGAGCAACAAAUAAGUGCUCACGAUGUAAAUCUUUGUCAACGGGAAAUUCAAACUAUGAAGAACAAAAUUGAAAGUUUGAAAUCUAGCAAAAAUUCAACUGAUAUAGAAUUGGAAAUUUUAAAUCCUUUAAAAGAAGAACUUAAAUUAAGGAAUUUAAAAAUAUCAGAACUACAAAAACAACUAGAAGAAAUAGAGCAAAUUAGUUUGGAACAAAAUGAACGUAUAAAGAAUUAUCAAGUAGAAAUAAGUAGCACAAUGAAUAAAUUGAAAGAGUUAGAAUUGAAAGAUCAACUUCUUAUGGAAAAAGCAGUUCUACUAAAAGAUCUUGAAGAUAGAAUAAAUUCGGUAGAACAAGAAUUAAAUUCAAAAACGUUAAAAAUAUGUGAAUUAGAAAAUCAAAUCGAGGAAAUGAAACAAAUUAAUGUAGACCAAAGUGCGCGUAUAAUUAGCUCUCAAGAGAAAAUUGAAAAUAUGACAAAAGAUUUCAUUCAAUCGAAUUUGAAACAAAGCGGCAUCGAAAGUUUUAAUCAAAUUUCUGAUUUAGUAAAUUGUCAAAAUGAAACCGAUGAAGAAAAAUUGGAAUCAAAGAAGAAGAUUUUAUCAAAUUUAGAAAGACUGAACGAUGAACUAAGUGAAAAUCUCUCAUCGAAAAAUAUCAUAAUUCAAAAUUUAAAAGAAAGUAAAGAAAGUUUAGAACAGAAACUUAAAGGUUUUGACGAUUAUGAAUCUCUAAAACUGGAAUUAGAUAUAAAAAAUAGUAAAAUAUUUAAUCUAGAAUCAACAAUACAGAAACUUGAAAAAUUAAAUUGUGAAUUAAAAGAAAGUCACUCUUCACAAGAUUCAAUUAUUCGAAAUUUAAAAGAUAAUGUAGCAAAUUUAGAACAACAACAUUGUGAUUUCAAAAACAAUAUAAAAUCUUUAAACGAAGUAUUACAAUCGAAAAAUAUUGCUAUAUCAAAUUUAGAAGCAACAAUAUUAGAUUUGGAUAAAGUACACCAGAAACAAAAAGAUAGACAAACAACUUUAGAAAAGAAUGGAAAUGAUUUUGAAAACAAUAUAAAAUCAUUAAAACAACAAUUAGAAUCAAACAAGAAGAUUUUAUCAAAUUUAGAAAGACUGAACGAUGAACUAAAGGAAAAUCUCACAUCAAAAGAUAUCAUAAUUCAAAAUUUAAAAGAAAGUAAAGAAAGUUUAGAACAGAAACUUAAAGGUUUUGACGAUUAUGAAUCUCUAAAACUGGAAUUAGAUAUAAAAAAUAAUACAAUAUUUAAUCUUGAAUCAACAAUACAGAAACUUGAAAAAUUAAAUUGUGAAUUAAAAGAAAGUCACUCUUCGCAAGAUUCAAUUAUUCGAAAUUUAAAAGAUAAUGUAGCAAAUUUAGAACAACAACAUUAUGAUUUCAAAAACAAUAUAAAAUCUUUAAACGAAGUAUUACAAUCGAAAAAUAUUGCUAUAUCUAAUUUAGAAGCAACAAUAUUAAAUCUAGAAAAAAUAAAUCAGGAAAAAAAAGGUCCCAUUUUACAAACAUACUUAGAAACAAAUACAAUUGAUUUCGAAAACAGUAUAAAAUCAUUAAAACAAGAACUUGAAUCGAAAAAAGAUAUUAUAUCAAGAUUAGAAGCAAAAAUUUUGAAUUUAGAAAAUUCGGAAAAAAGAAACCUUGAACAAAUACAACAUCUUAACAAAUACAACACCGAACUAACAGAUAAUACGCCUUCAAAGGGAACAGGAUCAACGAUUACUACUCCCAACGAGGGAACUGCUCUCGAAGAGACUAUAGAAAAAAUGAAAAGAAAAAUGCGUGGCUUACAGAAAAAAGUAAUGGAUUUGGAAAGAGAAAACAAAAUAUUAACGAACCGAUUAGAAAAAAUGGUACAACGCAAUGAUGAACAAGCUGAAAUAUAUAACAUACAAUUAAAUACAGAGGCUGAAUUUUUGGAAAAAGAAAUAGAACAGAAAAACGAAACGAUUAAAAAAUUGGAAAAAGAUAAAGAUGAAUUAAUGAAACAACUUGAAAAUUUAAAUAAUCAACUAGAUUUAAAAUCAAAAGAUUUAAACACUAAAGAUAAACUUAUAAGUGAUUUAAAUAACAAAUUGUUACCAUUAAAAAAUCAUAAUGAUCGUUUUAUGAAAAUUAGUAAAAUUGAACAAAAUCGUUGUGAAAAUUGUUCCAAAAAUAAUGAUACUACUAUUCAAACAAUUAAUUUAAAUAAACAAUUAGAAUUAGAAUUAGCAUCAUUAAAAACAGAGAAUGAAAUGUAUAUAACGAAAAUUCAUCAAUUAGAAGAUAAAAUUAAUGAACUGAGAUUACCCGAUCAUCGUAGUAACACACCAUCACCGAAUACGGUACGUAAAAAUCGUUCAAGUAUAUCAAAACGUAAUGAAUUAUUUGAUGAAUCAAGAAAACUUCGAAUGGAAAAUGAAUUAAGUGCGGCUCAACAACAUUUAGCGUCCAACAGCAAUACAGUAUGCGCAACACCAGUCUCUAAACUUGAUCGUGGUGUUCAAGUUGAUACUACUAAUGUGGGUUAUGCUCAUGGAAGCGGAAUUGUUACUGAAUAUCACUAUGACAAAGCACUUCGUGAGGUAACAAAAAAAAAAGAAUUUUAUAAAGAAUUAGCAAUCAUAAGAAAGAGAAAUAAUGAAGAAUUGCAAAAUAAACUGUGUGAGGAAUGUCGUACUUAUAUCAAAAAAUAAAAAUGCAAUACAAUAUAUAUGUCUGUGAUUUAAUUUUAUUAAUAUUAUAAUGUGUAAAGUGUGUAUAUUCAUAUCAAGAACAUAUGUAUUAAGGACGCAAAACUAGUUUGGAGAAGGUAUCAGGAAAAAAACACCUAUCUUCCUCUUGGUCGUUGUGUACUUUGUAUUGCGCAUCAGGCUCUUUUUGUUUUCAAUUUUUUAUCUUUUUGAAUCAAUUGAAAGUAAUUGAAAACAUGUUAUCAAUACCCCCUAGAGCACACGAUAAAUACUUAAUUUGCCGUUAUUGUCACUUAGAUAUGCCUGACUUGAUUCACUUAGACAGCCUGACGCGCAGUGCAAAGUACGCAUCUAUCGGUGACUAGACCCCGCCCAGACAGGUACCUUAAAUUCAGCCACGGGCGCUUAUAGCUCGAAUAGGAGGUGUCAUGUUCUUAUUAUGUAUGUUCUUGAUUCAUAUA